AUGACCCUCCUCCGCCUCUCCGCCUUCCGCGUGACGCCAAAUGGCAUCUACCGAACCUCGAUCCCACUGCGCUCCUCUGUCCUCCGACCCCUCCUUCACAAGACCCUCCUUCACAAGACCCUCCUUCACAAGACCCUCCUUCACAAGACCCUCCUUCACAAGACCCUCCUUCACAAGACCCUCCUUCACAAGACCCUCCUUCACAAGACCCUCCAUCAAGCAAGAUCCAACUCCUCAACCGCCGCCUCAAAACCCACGCCGUCCUCCAGGAUACCUUCCUCAUCCUCCAUCAACAAACCCGGCACGCCCCCCAUCCCCGAACACCUGCUCAUCUACCACGCCGGCACCUCGCGCAUCACCUUCCUCGCCCUCUGGAAGAUCACCUCCCUCUUCCUCUUUGCUUUCUUCACCCUCAUCGCGGCCCCAUCCUACGCCCGCCGCGCUUCGCAGACCCCCGAGGAGGCUGCCGACGCGACCACAGACCCCCAAGCCGCCCAAAAGACCUACCUCCAAGCCGCCGGCCUCGCCCUCUGCGGCGUCAUCCCCCUCGUCUACGUCGCCUACACGACCGCCCCCUUCGUGACCUUCAUCUACCUGCGCCUGCCGCCCGCCGCGCGCGCCUCGCGCCAGGCCCUCGAGCGCUUCGUCCGCGCGGGCCCCCCGCCCACGACCCAGCUCGAGCUCCUGACCAUGGGCCUCGCGACGCGGCCCCGCAGCGCCCUGACGACCCUCGCCGGCCUGCGGCCCGUCACGCGCCGUCUCGGCCUCGUCAACUACGAGCGCGACGUCGCCGCCCUCGAGGCCCGCCGCGCCUGGCACCAGUACCGCCCCGUCGCCCAGUUUGGCGUCCGCGUCGCCAACUGCAAGGGCGUCCGCGACGCCUGGGUCUGGGACGCCGUCAGGCCACUGCUCGGCAAGACGGCGCGCGAGAGGCGCGCCUGA